AUGUCCUGCCAGCAGAACCAGCAGCAGUGCCAGCCCCCUCCCAAGUGUCCUGCGCCCAAGUGCCCCCCAAAGUGCCCCCCCAAGUGCCCCCCAGUCUCUUCCUGCUGUAGCGUCAGCUCUGGGGGCUGCUGCAGCUCUGGGGGUGGCGGCUGCUGCCUGAGCCACCACAGGCGACACAGGUCCCACCGUCACAGACACCAGAGCUCUGGCUGCUGCAGCCAGCCCUCGGGGGGCUCCAGCUGCUGUGGAGGGGGCAGCGGUCAGUCGUCUGGAGGCUGCUGCUGA